AUGUAUUAUAACGGAGUUUUAGAAAUCAGUUAUAAUAUCUCUUCCUCUUUAAUUUUUCACAUUUCCCUCUCGCUAGAUUUCAUUUCAAUUUCACUCUCACUCUCAUUCCUUUCUUCCGCUCUUCGUCUCAUCCCUCUCACUCGCAUUUCUCGGCAUCUCCGUCAUCAGCCACAUCAUUUUCAGCGCUUCAGCCACGUCGUGGAGCGUAUUCCUUCUCUCGCUGUCACGCUUGGAGACCCCUACUUGAACACUGAUGCGGGGACAAUGUCUCCUUUUGAGCAUGGGGAGGUUUUUGUCUUAGAUGAUGGUGGAGAGGUUGACCUUGAUCUUGGGAACUACGAACGAUUUUUGGACAUUAAAUUAACUCACGACAAUAACAUCACUACUGGAAAAAUGUAUCAGUCUGUUAUUGAGAAGGAGAGAAGACGAGAUUAUCUUGGAAAGACCGUACAGGUAGUUGCACACAUAACAGAUGCUAUCCAAGAAUGGAUAGAACGAGUGGCAAAGAUACCAGUUGACAGGAAAGAAGGGCCAGCUGAUGUUUGUGUCAUUAAAUUGGGUGGAACUAUAGGGGAUAUUGAGUCCAUGCCUUUUAUUGAAGCACUGCUGGAACCGUAUUUAUGCAGUUUAAUUUGUUAAUUUCAUGGUUUUGAUGGUUUUCUUUUUUUCUUUUUUCUGUUAAAAUUGAAUUUCAUACUUUUGCAUUUUAAGUGGUUUAAGUUCAUGCAA